CCUGGCACCAUAGCGGGCCGCCCGUGGCACUCACCUGCCCCCUCCCACCACUGUUGGUGCCCUCUACCACAUCCUCUACCGGAGUCAGUCACGAGCACGUCGUGGUGGUGACCAGAGUGUAUCUUCGUCCCUUCACCAACACCCACAAGUAUGCCGAACCGCAACAAGGAACUAGAACUGGAGGUGAUGGCGUGGGUAGAGCAGGUGAUGGGGGAGAAGCUUCCUCCAGGUAACUUCGAGGAUGUGUUUAAGGACGGCGUCGUGUUGUGUAACCUCAUCAACAAGAUCCAACCCAACUCCGUCAAGAAGAUCCAGACCUCCGGUGGAUCCUUUAAGCUUAUGGAGAACAUACAGAGGUUCCAGGAGGCGAUCAAGAAGUACGGUGUCCCUCACGAGGAGAUCUUCCAGACUGCUGACCUGUUCGAGCGACGUAACAUUCAUCAAGUGGUUCUCUGUCUCUUCUCCCUUGGCCGCAUCACCCAGAAACACCCGGAGUACAAAGGACCAGCUCUGGGACCCAAGAUGGCCGACGAACAGAAGCGGGAAUGGGACGAGGAUCAGCAGAGGCAGUUGAGGGAGGGACAGAUCGGGCUCCAGAUGGGUCAGAACAAGGGCGCCACCCAGGCAGGUCAAGGCUCCAUGGGUAACACACGUCAUAUGUAGAUAGAUAGCAGUAACAGCGCCUCCCCCCUAAAAAUGUCCCGAGAGUAACGAGCAACAGCACCAAGCGGCCCCUUCUUCUUCUCGUUCUUCAGCAGCACCAAGAGGCCUUCUUCUCCUUCUUCAGCAGCGUCCAGUGUCCUCUUUAUUCUCUUCGUCAUCACCAGCAGUGUACAGGAUCCCUCUUACUUCAACUAUCGCUUGUGCAGCGUCUGGGUGUUGUGCGCUGAUGAAGGAACUUAAACAACUAACACGGAAAAAGGACGAGUUCAGCCUACUAUCGGGUUAUGUAGCUGUUCCUUGACAUUGAUAUCUUGUCUCUUUUAUGUCCAAAUAUGUAGAUGUUUCUUUACACGUGUUGAUGAGGACCUUGAACUUUUAAUCACCCGUUCCAUCAUGAGAAACUUCACAGACUAUACCAACAAUAAAGAUGAGCUUUUA